AUGAGGAAGAGAGAAUUGAGCAUAGUUGAUCACCUGAAUUCAUCCUCAGAUGAUAGCAAAGCUGAAAAAGACUUCCAGGAGAAGGCGGCCAAGGCAAUCAAGGAGCUUUCAUUAUCCCGUUUCUUUGACUGGAGCCAACCGUGGGUGCUCAUUCCAGGCGGUUCCUACGAUGGUUAUUUUGAUUUUCUUCCUCGGCAUCUUCGCUGUGGCCCUUUGAGUGUCAUUUCAAUAUCUUCGGCAACAAUAACGCUAUCUGCUAUGUUGAUGAUUGGAAUGGAAGUCUACAAAGACGGUGGAAUUAUGGUGCUGUUUGCAGAUAACAUGCCACAGAACUAUGUGGCAUUUGAUCGAGACUGGUACAUGACACUUGCUGGAUUCUUUUGGAUGAUAUUUAUAUGCUGGUAUGUCUAUGCCCGUGGGCCUAAGGCAUCCGAGAUUCUUCGAUUUCCGGCCUUGCUAUCGGCUACAUUGGUAUUCUUCAUUUGGAAUUUUGUAUUAUUUCCUGUCACUCUGCUGUGCAUUGAAGAUCGCGAGAAAAGGAACAAAUUUCUGAACUACAUGACCAACUUUCGAUUGAGCCAACUUCAUGUGUUCAACGUUGCCUAUGCAGCCAUCAAUGGUGCAUUCCUUGGUCCUCGAAGAUCGUUGCAUAUGGGAGAUGUUGCGACAGCUUCUAUAUUCUUGACAAUCUAUAUGCUAUUUUACUAUUGUGUCUUGGACCGAAUUGGCGUCCAUUUAUAUGCAAUCUUCUCACUUCGAACCGCAUGGUCGAGCGUUUCCUUCGCACUCUUGAUAACCUUGAGCUAUGCAGGUUUUCAUGGUUGGCAAUGGGUACUUUCCCGAUAG